AUGGGUAAUUUCAGAUUUCCCAUAAAGACUAAGCUACCACCUGGGUUCAUCAACGCUCGUAUACUUAGGGACAACUUCAAAAGACAACAAUUUAAAGAGAAUGAAGUCCUUGUUAAAUCCUUGAAAUUCAUCGCUAGAAAUUUGAACCUUCCAACAAAAUUGAGGCUGGAGGCUCAGUUGAAGCUAAAUACAUUGCCAAAUUACAUGAGAUCUACGCAGAUCAAGAACAGGUGCGUGGACUCUGGUCACGCAAGGUUUGUCCUAAGUGAUUUUAGGUUGUGCAGGUAUCAGUUUAGAGAAAAUGCUUUGAAUGGUAAUUUGCCAGGUGUUAAGAAGGGUAUUUGGUGA